CAGGUCUCCCACCAGACAGCCACGAAUUUGCACAUCCAACUUUACUAUCGGAUCUUUUGACCAAAUUGCGUGGUGUCAAAGAUCGUAGUGGCCGGUUGCAUGCUACAGGUGUGCCACCGCAUGUAGCCAUCUUAGGCAAGAUGAAAGGCUUAUUAGAGGGUACGCUGCAAACUGUUGAGCAUAUUGAUGCAGCAAGAGCGUCCACGGUGAAGGAGAUAAUGUCAGAACUUGAGAAACGUGCAAUUGGAGCUGGAACGACAACUUGUCAACUAGUUGAAGGCGAGACACCCGUGAUCCCAUCUUUCUUCUGGGGUGGACGAUUCCGCCGAGUACCGCAGGAGUUUCAGCUUCCAGACUGUUCCGUGGCGACACUGUGGGUAAUGUGGCAGUGUGGCAACGCGACAAAGAAGAUCCCUCCACUGCGUAUGCUCGAUGGCCUGGAUAUGCCGAAUAGAAACAUGCAAAAAAGACUUAGUGACAUUCGCUACCUCAUGAGCAGUGUCGAGGCCGAAGCACGACGUAUCGGUAUGUGGCCAGCUCGGCAGAAUGUAGAAGAAGCUGUGAAGACGUUCUCCGCGUGUGCAAGCGUCGUUACUGUAACUCAUCUUACAGCGAAGAACCGCAAGCGACGUCAAGUUCAGCUCAGCUGGAAAACGGUGGUGGCCUUGAUGCGCAGACACCAGAAGUAG